GUACCCAACGGAACAGCGAGCUCUCGAAGGGUUGAAUCGUCGUCUCGUCCGCACGGAGCCGGCUGCGGAGACGAUCUGACGAUGGCGACUAGGCGGUGGUGGAGGCGGCGCGACGGCGGGGACGAUGAAGCCGAGGACCUCGUUCCCAUGGACACCCAAGAGCAAGAGGAGCUGGUCCGGUUGCUGGAGCAGAAGCAGGCGCAGCAGAGCCGCCGUUGGAGGCGCGUCUUCGCGGGGUUCGUCCUGGCUUACGCGGCCUUCCUGGUCUACUCCAGCUUCCACCACGCCUGGUCUCCCUGGGAGCUGCGGUACCAUGCUUACUUCAUGGAAGAUUUGCCUGCACCAAUGGUCAUAAUUGCAGAUUGGAUAUCUGCCCUAGCAUGUCUCUUUGCUGUUAAAGGAUUACUACAGAAUUCAGGCCCGUCAAAGAAGUGGAUGUGGUAUUCAUGCUAUAUUGGCAUUUUGGUAGCCAUCUUUUGGACAUACUACAUCUUGAGGUUGCCAAGAAUCCGAUGGGAUGUGGCAUGGCUCCCACUUGGCCCCCUAAUAGCUGGUGCAUUGAGCCUGUAUGUGGACCAUGUGCUGCUGGAAUCGAUGCAAGAUAUCAGCACAUUGAGGAGUUACAUGUAUAACUUUAAGGCCUUGUAAUGUUGACUAUAGUUUCCCUCUCUCCAAUGUAGCUACAUCUGCGGAGUAGGUCCAUGUAAUUUCUCCUUCAGUUUCACAACCCCCUUGCUGCCAGAGUUGUGGAGGUACCUUGUUACAUGGUGUGUUUACCUGAAUUUUCGACCCGUCAGUGACUACUUGCGCAUCAUUUUUGCUACGUGGUGGAUGUAUGUACAAGCUGUGGUGCCCAUUGGCACCAAACUGUUUUCAGAAAACCCCCUGUGCUUCUAGUGAUGCUUACUUAAAGUUUGAUGAUUUUGAAGAGGCGCUGACACCAUAGGCCUUUA